CACUAACCUGCUUUCUUUUCGUGCUGUGAGCCGCGAGGGAGAGCCCAGGCAAACAUUUUAUUCUAAGAGUAGAUUGCAUAGAACAUGAGUUCGCUCAAGUUGCAGAAAAGACUCGCUGCUUCCGUUUUGGGAUGCGGGAAAAAAAAGGUCUGGCUAGAUCCAAAUGAAAUUUCAGAAAUUUCCAACACUAAUUCCAGACAAAACAUCCGCAAGCUCAUUAAAGAUGGGCUAAUCAUCAAAAAGCCUGUUGCAGUGCACUCUAGAGCUCGUGUGCGCAAAAACACUGAAGCCAGACGUAAAGGUCGUCACUGUGGUUUUGGUAAGAGGAAGGGUACUGCAAACGCACGUACUCCUGAGAAAGUUUUAUGGACACAGCGUAUGAGAGUCCUUAGGCGUUUACUCAAAAAGUACCGUGAGUCUAAGAAAAUUGAUAGACAUCUGUAUCAUUCAUUGUACAUGAAAGCCAAGGGUAAUGUCUUCAAGAACAAGAGAGUUUUGAUGGAGUUCAUUCACAAAAAAAAGAUUGAAAAGGCAAGAACAGAAAUGUUGAAAGAUCAAGCUGAAGCUAGAAGAACCAAGGUACGUGAAGCCCGUAAGCGCAGGGCUGAACGUAUCGCAUCAAAGAAACAAGAGCUUUUGCAGUCCUACCAGAGAGAAGAUGAAGUUGCAGCAGCCCAGGCAAAGUAAAAAAAAAUAACUUUUUAUCUUUGUACGGUAUAAAAAAUAAAUAAAACAAGAGCGUUAA